AUGUCAUCUGCUCAAGACGAAUUCAAUCAACUCAUAAACAACAAUCGGGAGAAAUUCUCUACCCAUCCGGAGGACCGUGAGAACUCGGACCACUCCUCCGACGAAUCUUCUGACCACGACGAACCCCAAUUCUCCGAUACCGAAGACCACCCAACUGCCAUGCACUCCCGCAACACCAGCGGCUACCGCGUCCCCAACACCGUCUACGACGCCAACACCGGCCCCAAGGGUGUCAUCGCCGAUGCCCAGGCCUUCGAGCGUGCUCGCAAAAGCUCCUUUCGCAGGACACUACUCGGAGUGGCUGGUCUCGACCGGUCCCAUUUCUCCUCCAAGUCCGUCACCGACGAUGCCACACUCCUGCAGAACUCCUCCCCGCCAGAUGGCUCCUCCGACGAUGAAGAACGGUUCCUUCACCAAUGGCGCACAUCACGGAUGCAGGAAAUGCAGGCCCGGAGCCUGAGGAAGCCUAGCCCCCGACGCAAACUGUACGGCUCCGUGGAUAUCGUCGAUGCGGUAGGAUACCUCGAUGCGAUCGAAAAGGUUACCUCCGGUACGGUGGUGGUCGUCUGCGUCUAUGACCCAGAGUCCACGCCAAGCGGCAUCAUCGAAGACUGUCUCAACACCAUUGCCCGUCGCCAGCCCACCGUUCACUUUGUCAAGCUUCACCACGAGAUUGCCGAAAUGGACCACAUCGAAGCGCCCGCCUUGCUGGCUUACAAGGACGGAGACGUCUUCGCCACGAUCGUCGAGAUCAUGAGACAAAUUCCCAAGGGUCGGAGCUGCAGCGCAGAUAGUCUAGAAGACUUGCUCAAGUCGUAUCGCAUCCUCUAA